AUGGUCCGCCUCAUCACGCACAACCUCCUCGCGUGCCACGUCAAGGGCUGCACGUCGAACAACUUCCCGCUCCAGUUCAAGGAUGUCCAGGUCGAGCUGCGCGAGGCGGAGUUCAACCCCGACUUUCUGCGCGGAUUUAUCCCGAGGCUGGAAUGGGGCGCGCUGGUAGAUGCUGCAAGACAGCUGGGCGAUACAUCGCUGCCGGCAGAACCCCCAGAGAUGUUGGACGACGACUUCCUGCAAAAGCUCCACCAUGUCUUGCUUGAGGUGCAUAUUGAGGAGGGUGCCAUGAUCUGCCCAAACUGCAACCAUGUCUAUCCGAUCUCAAACGGCAUUCCAAACAUGGCGAGUGCAUACCAUCAACCUAUCCACAACGUGGUAAACUGA